CGUAGAAUGAGAGGGACGAGAACGGACAGGGUUAGGAGGGUGAGUAGGAGAGUAAAGUCAGUGUUGUAGCGUUGUGGGUGGGGACGGAGAGACUCUCCCUGCUCCCUGCCGCGCCGCACAAGCGGCAAAGCGAACAGUUCUCGGUCCCCGACCGGCCCGGCCCCUGCGAGUCCGUCCACAAGGUGGAGAAGGAGGGAAUCGCGCGGCGCGCGAGCGAGACGGAGAGGCCGCUAGAGGGGGAGAGGACUAGAGAGAGAGAAAGAGAGGCAAGGAAAAGGGAGCAGCUCGUGGAACGCGCGUCGUGUCCUCGCGUGCGCUUGUGUCGCGUAUACGGCGUCUCGAGCGCAGCCAUUACGACAGAGCCGCUCCGGUGACGCUCGGUAACGUAGUGUAGUGAACGCGUGCGCGCGACGAUAGCGUGUUGUCGAACGCGCGAACGUAAGGAAAGUAGGAAUCCGCCGAACGCGACGCCGCGUAGUACGGGCGUGUAGCAGGAGCGUGAGCGCACGUGUGCCCCGCCGCGAGACGGAACGAAUUAACGUAACGCCGAUCGGCCACCGCUCCGCCGUCGCCGCCGCCGCCGCCGCCACCGAGGGGUUGGCGUUUACGCGAGUGAGAAACGAGGAAGCGCGGAAGCUGCCGAGCGUGACUCGAACGCGCACGACGGGUGUCGCGUCGUGGACGUGGUGGAGGCUGCAGCGCUGCACGGCCAGACACUGGGACAAAACGAAUUCGGUUUGUGACCGGACCGGUCGGACGCAUCGGUGACGCGUGUGCAAGCCGCGCGUACGGCGAGGACGAGAGAGAGAGAGAGAGAGAGGAAUCGAUUGUAUAGUGAGAAAAGGUAGGAAAGAGGGUAAAACGACGCACAGCCGCCACCAUGUUCGACGUGUUCGGCUCGGUGAAGGGGCUGCUGAAGCUCGACUCCGUGUGCAUCGACAACAAUGUGUUCCGGCUGCACUACAAGGCCACCGUGAUCGGCCUAGUCGUCUUCUCCCUGCUGGUGACCUCCCGGCAGUACAUCGGCGACCCGAUCGACUGCAUCGUCGACGAGAUCCCCCUGCACGUGAUGGACACCUACUGCUGGAUCUACUCGACCUUCACGAUCCCGGACCGAACCGGGAUCGUCGGUAAGGACCUGGUGCAGCCCGGGGUCGCCGCCCACGUCGAAGGCGAGGACCAGGUCAAGUAUCAUAAGUACUAUCAGUGGGUCUGCUUCACUCUCUUCUUCCAAGCGAUUCUCUUUUACGUGCCGCGCUACCUGUGGAAAACGUGGGAAGGUGGCCGGAUCAAGAUGCUGGUGCUCGACCUCAAUUGUCCGGUGGUAAGCGAGGACUGCAAGAGCGACCGGCGUAAAUUGCUGGUCGACUACUUCGCCUCGAACCUCCACUCGCAGAACUUCUACGCGUACCGCUUCUUCCUGUGCGAAUUACUGAACUUCGUCAACGUGGUCGGUCAGAUCUUCUUCAUAGACUUCUUCCUGGACGGCGAGUUCACCACGUACGGCUCCGACGUCAUCAGGUUCACGGAGAUGGAGCCGGAGGAGCGUAUCGACCCCAUGUCCAAGGUGUUCCCGAAGGUGACCAAGUGCACGUUCCACAAAUAUGGUGCGUCCGGCACGGUACAGAAAUUCGACGGUCUCUGCGUGCUCCCGCUGAACAUCGUCAACGAGAAGAUCUACGUGUUCCUCUGGUUCUGGUUCAUCAUCCUGUCGAUCUUGAGCGGCCUCAGCCUGCUCUAUCGCGCGGCGGUGGUACUCGGGCCGAAGGUGCGGAUGGUGCUGCUGCGAGCGCGCUCGCGUCUCUCGCCGCACGAGCAGAUCAAGACCAUCAACGACAAGUGCCAGAUCGGCGAUUGGUUCGUCCUCUAUCAGCUCGGCAAGAACAUCGAUCCGCUGGUGUACAAGCAGCUCAUCGCCGAUCUCGCGACUAAGCUCCAGGGCAAGGAGAGCGUUUAACGGCCGUACGGUCGGGAAGGACUUUCUUCAAGGGACGCUCCCCGAGUCCUCCGGAAGGUUCCUCAUCUCUCUGCCCGGAGUGAUGCCCCGCCCGACAUAGGGAACAAGCGAACGGUAGGACCGUCUCCGGAUUAGAGACGAGAAUAGGAGAGAUUGAGGGGGUGAGGGGGUGAGGGGGAGACAGCCAUACCGAUAUCGCGGAUACAAAGCGAGGAUUGGAAGAAUUGUUUGCGUUUUUAGGUUGAAUUGCACCGACGACUAUCUGAUCUCUCUCUAGGACUAUUAGCCUUUAUGUAUUGUAUUUUAUUCAUGUUACAGACAAGGAAGGAAGAUCGAAUUAAUUGGAAUUAGUUUUAAAUUGAUCCUUGAAUUUAAUCGUCACCGUGACGGACGAUCAGGGAUGCUCCGAAUUAAUUCGAUCGGAGUCAAUUAUGGAUUGUCAAUUCACACGAACGGAUGUUAAUCCGAUCUAGAUGUACGUCGAUAAAGAAGCGAGAUUUAGUCAAUCGAGAUAAGUUAAUCCGCUUGACGAAUCGGGAUUGAUAAACAAAAAACCUUUGUUUAUUUCAAUUUAUAGGUAAUUUAAUAGAUAAAUAAGUAUAAUUAGCUAAUUAUGUCUAAUUAUGUAUAAUUAACAAGUAUUGUUAUCGACGUGGAAUUUAGAUCGGUUUCUCCGCUCUCUCCCGAUUCCAAUUCUGAAUUCAGGCAGGAUCCCCGAGUCGAUCGAGGUUGAAGUCAGCAUUAGCGUCGGUGCAAUUGGGCCCCGGGUAGUUAGGACAAGAUUUUUUUAUGUCUCGCCGUACCUCUUUACGCGCGAGUACACGCUUCCAUUCGACGUCGGGUUUGCGGUGCGAAGACAAAGCGCGCAGCAGUUCGCCGCCCGUCUCCUCGCCUCUCCUCGUCUUCGCGUCGAACUCACCUCGUCUUCGGAUCCUUUCACCUGCGGAGAGUUUCCCAUCGAUUUUAUACGCCGCCCAUUCCACUUGUUUUCUACAUUUGUCCGCUUCCUUCAUUUUACCCUCGCGCAUUCCUACAUUUCCUCGAGCAAGAACUUCGCGGCUCCACAACUCGUCGACUCCACGCGUCGGACUCUUACCGUCUAUUGUUUAUUGUCAUUUAUAUAUUGGAUUUUAGCGAAUUGUGUUUCGUAAUGAGUAACACAAAUUGUCGGAUUUUGGAUUCUUACAACAAAUAGCUUAUUUUUUUUUUAUAUAGAUUAAAAUAUCUUUUCAGUUUGUGAUAAAUUAAUUUGGUAUAUCGUAUCAAUCGAAUACAAUUUCUUUCAAUCAGCCUCAUGUAAAAAUGAUUUAAGUUAAUUUAAGAAAAUGGGAGUUAUUCUCCUUUAUUUUUAUAAAUAUAGAAAUGAAACUCCCGACCCCGAGAUAAGCGUUAAAACGAUAGAUUGCUUUACGAGGCAUGUAUUCUACGAGGCAGCUCGAGUCAUCCGAUUAUUUUUGCCAUGACGUACGAACAAUUAAUUGACCAACAGUCACACGACCGCAGCUCGACUCGAUUGUUUUACAUUCGUGUAAUUACGAUAAUUAAUCGAUCAGGAAAUUAAGAUGGACCGUAUUCUUUCAUAUUUUUUUUUAACGCCAAAUUAACACGAAAUCGAGCCGGUGACGCGAAGAUCGGAGCAAGUUUGUUGGCCUACGUCACCGUUAUCGUUCCCAUCCACGCAUGUACUUCGCGAGCGGGGCUCACACGCAACCGCGGAUAAAGCCCCCCUCAUCACGAACGUCAUUCCACGCGCGCGCGGAGAAUAAAAAAAAUCUAGCCUUCCGCGAAGCGCCUCGCCGCGCUCCUGCGCGCGUCCGUUCCUCGCGCUUGCAUUCCUACGGAGCUCCUCGUGUAGCCGUGUACGUCCGUAAGGAAGGUACAUGGAACGGAACGACGGCCUGCCUCGUAGGAAUAUAUACUCGGGAACGAAGGAAAUAUGCGGGGAAGGAGCCGCACGCCCGCCGCGCCGGGGGGUUACCAUUGUCACGCCGCUCCGCGUGAGCGCGCGUCGGCAACUUGUGCUCACUGUGCCCCGCAUAUUGUCGCAGCUUUUUCGCCAUUUCGAGGCGAUCAUCCCCGAGGACGAGGGGGAUCUGUCCUUCGACGAAAACGAGGAGAGAAAGAGAAACAACCGUGAAAGAGAGCUUAAAGGAAAAUGGAAACAAAAGGGCGAGUGUGCUCCCAGAGGCACUCUCGGAAGCCCUUCGUUCGCAGACUUGGAUCGUGUGAUAAAGCGGGGGACGGCGUUCGCGUGCUAUUUCAGCAGCCAUUCCUGCCUUAGCUGUUCUCUUCGUUUUUCUUUCUUUUCUUUUUUUUUUUCCUCGUUCCAUUGUAUCGAG